UACGCUCGCGACGCACCGGUUUCGGAGAAACAUUGUGAGGCUGCCAUGGCCGUUGAACAGGUUGACGGGGUUCAAUGCGUUUUGGUACUCGCAUCACCUUCUGGGUUUUGUUUAUGUUCUGCUUCUUGUACAUGGGACUUUCUUGUUCCUUGCUCACAGCUGGGCUCAGAAAACAACGUGGCUGUAUAUCUCCAUUCCUUUGCUGCUCUAUCUUGGGGAGAGGAGCCUUAGAGCCUGCAGAUCUGAGUAUUACUCUGUUGAGAUUUUGAAGGUUUCGGUGCUGCCGGGGAAUGUGUUCAGCUUGGUGAUGUUGAAGCCUCGAGGAUUCAAAUACAGAAGUGGGCAGUACAUAUUCCUUCAAUGUCCUGCAAUUUCUCAGUUCGAAUGGCACCCAUUUUCUAUCACUUCAGCGCCAGGAGAUGAGUAUCUGAGCGUGCACAUCAGGACUGUGGGCGACUGGACUAGGGAGCUCAAGUGCGUCUUCACCGACCAUGUCAACUCCAAACCCCUCCCCGGCAGGGCCAAACUCGGCCACUUGGUCAAGAUGGAACGAGAAAGCCAGCCGAGAUUGCUGGUGGAUGGACCAUAUGGAGCGCCCGCACAAGACUACCAAAACUAUGACGUGCUUCUCCUCGUCGGACUCGGGAUUGGGGCCACCCCCUUCGUCAGCAUCCUCAAGGAUCUUCUCAACAACACCAAAACCAUGGAAGAACACACGCCAACGGGUUCAACAACAGAAACAACCAGAUCAGAAGACAGCUCAAACAGCUUUGGUUCCUUAAACACGACGCCAAGUGGAAAGAGGAAGUUUCAAAGUAGGACGGGGACGGGGCAGGCGCAAGCUUACUUCUAUUGGGUGACGAGGGAAGCCGGUUCUUUGGAGUGGUUCAAAGGGGUGAUGGAUGAAGUAGCAGAGAUGGACAGAAAGGGCCAAAUCGAACUCCACAACUACCUGACGAGCGUGUACGACGAAAGUGACGCAAGGAGCACAUUGAUCACCAUGGUUCAAGCUCUCAACCAUGCCAAACAUGGCGUCGACAUCCUCUCUGGAACUCGAGCGAGGACUCACUUUGCUAGGCCGGAGUGGAAGGAAGUGUUCGGGAGAAUAGCAUCGAAACAUGCUUACAAGACGGUGGGAGUGUUCUACUGCGGGAUGCCGUUGCUAGCCAAGGAACUCAACGCCCUCUCGCUCGAAUUCACUCGCAAGACUGCCACUCGAUUCGAGUUCCACAAGGAAUAUUUCUGAUUUCAACAACUCAACUACGAGGGAUCAAAAAGAGUUCUUAUAGUUUUACCCUUUUAGUUACAUGUACAUUCAAUUACCAUAUAUUAUACGUUACCCUACAUUCUUUUUUAA